AUGGACAGCAUCAACGGAGACACUAUUGUGGCAGCAACAUGGGCGCUGACGCCGCCAGCGAUACUGCUCACAGCCCUGAAUUUUCCGGGAGUAUUUUAUGCGAACAGCUUGACCAGGACAUCAACGCUGGCAGCCGUAGCAGCAGCCUCCGCCAGCGUCAUAUCUGCCUUGAAGAUCGAUGACCCGUCCGUCGCCUUCAUGACCGGACUGCUCGAAUGCUGGAUCGUGAUAUGGGCCUCAGUCUUGUUGCUUCGAUUCAACCCACCAGCUGAAUUUGCCCGCCUCCGAUGGCACAAGGCGCCAAGAGCGCCAGAAGAGUACUCCCGGGAGGACGUUGUCUGGCAGGGCUUCCCUCAGCAAGUCUCACUAGCUCGACUGGCGUGGACAUUGGAUCUUCUGAUCAGUUUCCGGCGUGUUGGAUGGGUUCUCGAGAAGCCCCAAGCCGGUCAGGAACCCAAGCAGCAGCAGCCGCAGAAGAAAUCUCGCAAGCACAAGCCAGCAGUAGGCGUUCUUCCAGCGAUUCUGAAGACUGCUGUGGACUACCUCACACUGACUGGCCUUCUACGGGCAUUGCAUGUAGCGACCUGGAUCAUCGCCAGUGUUCCCUUCAUCAAUUUCUGUCAUUCAUGCUGGAUGACGAUCGGUGAAAUCGGCCAGUGGCUGGCACCGUCAGCCGCGUACAGAAGCUGGGAGUUCAACCCAAGUCCAUGGGGUCCCAUUGGCGCAGUGAUUGAGUACGGCCUUGCCGGCCUGUGGGGCGCGACCUGGCACAACUACUUCAAAUUUGGAUUCCAGUCGGUCUCAGAUCUGGUCUUCCCGCGCUCAACGAAUCCGAAAUUUAAGGCCCUUUUCCGGGUUGGCCGAGUGUUCUGGAGCUUCUUGCUUUCUGGAUUCAUCCAUUUCUGUGGCUCAUGCAUGCUCCCAGGAAAGACCCAGCCACUCAACGAAUUGCUGUUCUUCAUACUGCAAGGCGCUGCCGUGGCGUUCCAGGUCUCCGUUUUCGACCGCGUCGUCAGUCAACGAUUUCGCCGUAUUUUGAACCCUAUCCUGGUUCUCGCAUGGCUUUACGUCACGGGCCCGCUGAUAAGUGAAGACCAACGAGCAGGAGGAAUGUGGGAUGGCGUCGAUUCCAGAGCUUCGGUGAAGUGA